AUGUCUGUAACUAUGAUACAUGGUAGAAUAACAAUUUUAUUUCUUUAUGAUCCAUUUCAUAGAAGAAUAUUCGCAUUGAUUUGUUGUAACUUGCAUGAUACACAUUUCUAUGCUAUGUAUCUGUCAAAAGUGGAUUAUCAAGUCAGCAAUAAUUCAAUGACUCUUUUACAACAGUAUCGAAAACAAAAUAAGGUAACCAACUUAUCAAAGUUAGACACUGUAUCAAGUUUAUGA